AUGUAUUUAAGUCCAGUGCCCGAGACGUCUAAGUCAGACAAAUCGCCGAAGAAAACCAAUUGCGGUAAAAGCGACGACAAGGCGUCCACCGAAUGGCAAAAAUUGCGGACAACGAGACACAGUCGCAACCGACGGGAGAAGCACCGGAAGCCCAGCAUUUGCAGCGACUCCGAGACCGAGAGCAGUACGGGAGGCGCCCACGCCUUAGACGAUCUCUGUCUGACGACGUCCAAGAAGUGGAGUCUACCCCUACCAGUGGCCACUCGGGGCAGUGAGUCGGACAGCACCAGCAGUUCGUGGAGCGCCCGCUCGGCCGAUGAGACCACCGAAGACGAGAGGAGUCCGAUCCCCAGUCCGAGUGCAUCGACACAGAGCUGCGAAGCACUCAUAUCUGAAGCGCAAACAUCUGUUGAAGAGAUUAAAGCCAAGUGGAAGCGUCCGAAAAAGAUUUCAAAGGCGGCCGAAACCCAUAAACUUCAGCGCAUGAAGACAACCAAUUAUGGCCGCUGCAAGAUCUGCGACACUUACGUCUACUUCUGGGGCUUCCAGUGUCAGGAGUGCGAACUCAUCAGCCAUAAGAAAUGCUUGAAAAAGAUGACUAUCAUGUGCGCUAAGGCUCCGUUACCUCCCAAGUCCAGCAUCAUUAACAUGGAUCUGACGGCCACUGACCACGAGGUGCCCGUUCUGGUGGUCAAGUGUACGCUGGAGAUCGAGCGCCGCAGUUGUCUCACUCCCGGCAUAUAUCGCAUGACUGGAGUCAGCUCUCGGGUCCAGAAGAUUCUCAAGAGCUUCGAGAGCGGUCCCCAUCUCAUCGAUGUCAGUGAUGUCACGCCCAACGACUUGUGCUCUGUUCUCAAAGUCUUUCUAAGAGAGCUUAAGCACCCAUUGAUCACAAACGAUGUCUACAAAGAGUUCAUAGACAUCGGAAGGAUAUAUAAACACGACUCAGAUAUCGGCGACAAAAAGCCAGAUCUGGUGACGGCGUUGAGGGCCGGUAUUAAUAAGUUGCAUAAGAAUCACAAGGCCACCCUCUCAUAUCUGAUCCACCACUUGAAACGGAUCACUAACUUUCACGAGCAUAAUAAUAUGUCGCCAAACAAUUUAGGCAUUAUAUUCGCGCCCACCAUAUUCCGGCCCCGCGAAGCUAUAAACGACUUGUUCACCGAAGUCUUCGAGGCUGGCCCUCAGGCCCGAGUGAUUGAAUUGAUGAUCACUUACGUGAACGAAGUGUUUGGGCAUCAGUCACAGUCCACUAAGUUUUCGUAUGAAUUUGUUAAAUGAGUGACCACUCUUUCGGUCAUUUUCAUCACUUUUAAUGUUUUCACAAUUAUAUAUUAACUUAUAUUUCAACUCAUUACCGACCAAACAAUCUCUACAUUUAUAUAAGAAUUAAUUACUGAAUACAGAAACGUAACACAACUUGAUAACUGACCAAACAAUUGAGAGCUUUAGGAUAAGAUCAUAGGGUAUAUCAUAUUAAAGUGCUUUCUUGUGUGCCAUUGAAUACCAGUAUAUUAUUGUUAUUUCUUUAUGGCAUACGUUUGUUGUCCUUCUAUUUCCUGUCUAACGAAUCAAUAAGUGAUUUCUAACGCAAACAUAUUUUUUCGGCUAAAAUAACAUAAAUAUAAUAAAAUAGCAUUUCGUAUGAGUUAGGAAUAA